AUGCAGGAUGCUCCGGUGGGAAAGGCCGAUGCUUUCCCGCCUCCGGCAGCUGCCUUAAUGAAGCCCUUAAUGUUGUUUGGAUGUCCGGAAAACUCCGGAGCGGCCCUGGAUCCGCCUGGAGGCUUCGCCAAAUGUGCGACCAACCUGAAGCACGUGGCCGGCGCGGCGGCGGCAGGCGCCGUGGUGGGCGGCCUGGGCGGCUACGUGAUGGGCCGGGCCAUGUCGGGGAUGCACUACCACUUCGACAGCCUCGAAGAGGAGAGGUGGUGGAACACGAACGCGGGCCGCUACCCCAACCGCGUCUACUACCGCGACUACAGCGGCCCCGUGACGCAGGACGCCUUCGUGGCCGACUGCUUCAACAUCACCGUGACCGAGUACAACAUCGGCCCCGCCGCCAAGAAGGGCAACGCGUCGGAGGCCGACGGCGGCAACAAGACGGAGACUGAGAUGGAGACCAAGGUGGUGACGAGCGUCAUCCGGGAGAUGUGCGUGCAGCAGUACCGCGAGUACCGGCUGGCCUCGGGCGGGCGGCCCCACCUGGCCCAGGCCUUGCCCCAGCUCCUGGUCCUCCUCGCCGUCCUCCUUGCCAUGCCCUGA